CAGGGGCGCUGGUGUGGCGAGCCCCAGCCGGUCGCCUGGCCAGUCGGUGUUCGCCCGCGGUGUGAGAGUGAGUGCCCGUGUGAGUGAGCGCGCGUGUGUGUCGACCAUGCGGUGAGAGAGGGAAGAAGCCACUCCUCCCCGGGCGAGCGGGGGAAGCGAUGGUCCUCCCCAACAAUGCGCCCCGCUCUGCUGGUCGUGAUGCUGGUGGGCGUAUCGUCGGCGUCGCUCUGCGACAAGGAGGGCUGCGCGUGCCACGCCGCCGGCAGCUGGCUCAACAUCACGUGCGAGUUCGAUAGCAAACAGAUGGUGGAGGUGGGGCCGGGAGCCGUGCCGCCGUCCACGCUGGAGCUGACCCUGACGGGGGCCCGCGAGCUGCGACUCCUGGAGGACGCCCUGUCCGGCGCCCGGCGUCUGUCCAGCGUGACGCUGCGCGCCGCGGGACGCCUGCAGUUGCGUCGACACUGCUUCCGCGGUGCUGGCGGCGCGCUCGCCCAUCUGCAGGUGUCGCGGUGCGGCGCCGUGGUGGUGGAGAGCCAUGCGUUCCGCGGCGCCGCGGCGCCCCUGUCGGCGCGCCUGGAGGCCUGCGCCCACGUGGUGCUGCAGGGCUCCGCCUUCUCCUGGCUGCUGGCCGUGGAGGUGCGCGACGUGCCGCGCCUCGAGCUGGCCGGCCACGCCUUCGCCUUCGAGUCGCGCGCCGCCGGCCGGCACGGUCCCGCCACCACCGCGCUGCCGCAGGUGCUGCUGCACAACGUGAUCGUCCCCGAGCUGCCGCCGCACGCCUUCCCCUCGUCGGCGGCGCGCCUGGAGCUGCGGCGCGUGGAGGCGCGCGCGGUGCGUCGCGACGCCUUCAGCGCCGUGGCGCUGUCCUCCGUGCUGGUGCAGGACAGCGCGCUGCACGUGGUGGAGGAGGGCGCCUUCAGCGCCAAGACGCUCGUGGAGCAGCUGCAGCUGAGCCGGGUGCACAUCAGGGAGCUGCGGCAGGGCGCCGUGCGGGCGGGCGUCACCAACCUCACCAUUCAGCAUUCCAAUGUGUCCGAGGUGGGCCCGGGCGCCCUCAACAUCACCGUGGCCACCGUCCAGCUCAGCGACAACCACUUCGGCGUCGUGCGCUCGGGCGGCCUGGUGCUGAAGAACUGGAACCGCGCCCGCCUGGACGGCAACUCGUUCGGCGAGCUGGAGACGGACGCGCUGAGCCUGCCGUUCGCGCCGACGGCGGGCGUGUACUCGUACGAGUUCAGCUUCUCGGGCAACGCGCUGGGGCUGCUGCGCCCCGGGUCGCUGGGCUUCGCGGCCGAGGCGCUGGCGGCGGCGCCGGCGCUGGCCGCGAGGGUGGUGGACAACGUGUUCUCCGAGGCGUGCCGCUGCGACCUGGCGGCGUGGGUGCGCGACGUGGCCUGCGGCGGCCGCGGCGACCCGCGCCAGCUGUUCGAGUCGGCGCUGUGCGUCGUGGGCGAGGCCCUGGAGCACUGCCUGGGGCUGCCCGGGGGUUCGGCGCGCGCCGGGAACUUCACCGAGCAGGUGUGCGGCGCGCGGGACGUCAUACUCUGCGAGGAGGGCGCCGGCCGCAGGGAGCCCGUCGCCGCGGGCGCCGACGGCGAGAGGACGGUCCUGGGGCUCGUCUUCGUGGCGGUGGUGUGCGGCAUGGCGGCCGUGCUGGUCGCCACCGCGGUGCUGUGGCUGCGACGCCGCGGGCACCUCGCGCUGCAGCCGCUGCUGUCGAGGCUGUGCCACUCCCGGCUGGCGGCCGCCGCGUCGGCGCGCUCCAUCUCGCGGCUGUCGGCGCGCGAGUACGCCGAGCUGCAGCGGCGCGCCGGCGAGGACCUGGUGCCCUGCGAGAACAAGUGGACGCAGACCCUCCCGGAGGAGCUGACCCAGGAGCUGCUGGAGUCGCUCAAGGAGCGCCUGGACGACCCGGACCGCUGCGGCGAGGCGCGCGACGUCAUCGAGCAGCUGUACGACCUCAUCAAGAUCGAGGAGAGCUGCGGCAACAACAACGACGAGGGGCGCGGGGAGAACGUGUACGACGUGAUCCGCACGGCGGCGAGGACGACGUGCAGCGUGGGCACGAGGGCGCCCUCGCCGGACAAGCUGCUGCCGCCACGGCUGGCGGGGGAGUACGCGGAGCCGCGGGACCGCGAGCAGCACGAGUACACGGAGCUGCCGGCGGUGAGGCCGCUGAGCUUCCUGCGCGCGCUGGCCGCCGUGUGCGAGUACGCCGAGCCCUCCGACGCCGCUGUGCACGAGUACACGGAGCUGCCUGCCUGCGCGCGCAUGGCCAGGCGCCCGCUGCCCCAGGAGCCUUGUGAGGACCCCGGCGAGGGCCCGUCCUCGCGCUGACUGCCCCGACUGUGAUACCCCUCUGUGUCGCCUGCUCAGCAUGUGCGCUGCAAUAAAGACUGCACUCUUUUGUAACUCAAUGUGCCGAAUUGUCUAGGUUAUUUUCCUUUCAUUUAUAUAUGUAAAUAAAAAUGUCAAUUUUCGUACAUUCAAA